AUUUUGCAGUAAACAGCAACAAAUAACAUUUGCAAAUAGACGUUUCUCUAGCAUAGUUAGAAACACUUCAGGCAUACUUCAAGUGCAUGGUCAACGUCGAUUCCCCGCUAAUUUGAAUUAUUAAACUUCUUAAAAGCAGCCACAACAUAUUUUAUAACUUAAGCUAAAUACGAAAUAAAAAGGCCAAAACAACUACGCCCGAACGCUGUAUGCAUUAAAGCUCAAGCGCAUCAAGAUAGUUUGAUGUUAAGUAACGGAAAAGAGAUUGAACUUGAAUAGUAAAAAUUAAUAAGUUUUAUAAACGUAGACAUGGGACGCACAAAACGCGCAAGGCAGCGCAAAAAGUGCCUUAGCAAUACAUUUAACGCCAAGGAGGACAAAGUAGCGCCGUUAAUUCAUCAACUGAGCUGGUUAGGUUGGCGCAACUCCAAUCAACUUACAGCACGCAAUUUUCCCACAACAGGUCGUGGUAUUUGUUCUAAAACCUCUACGUUCUCUGCCGGUGAUGCACUUAUCACCCUACCGCUGAAAUGUUUAGUAACAAUAUCCACACUCGAAGAGGCAACACACUUUAAAGCUCAAUUCGACGCUUCGAAAUUCCAUAAAGACCAAAAAGUACCCUUUCAAGCGCUACUUGCUCUCUAUAUACUGCAUCAAAAACACUUGGAAGGAGCUUCUCACUUACACAUGUAUGUAAACUCCAUACCCAAAUAUUUUAGCACGCCAUAUUUCUGUCCAAAAGCUGAGUUGCAGCGUUUGCCAGAGGAAAUUCUGGAGAAAACAGUUGAACAAAAUCGCCUCAUACGGGAAAGUUACGCGUGUCUAAAAAGUAUUUUCCUCAAUAAUCAAUGCAGUUAUUGUGGCCAAUUUUACUUUGAUGAAAUCUAUACGCAAGAUGAAUUCAAAUGGGCUUAUUUUGCUGUGAACACACGAAGCGUCUAUGUAUUUAGUCGUCUGUUCAAACCGGAUAAAUGUUUUUUCCAACCGCUUUUAAACGAUGAACCAAAUAUGGCGCUGGCGCCGUUUCUGGACCUCUUCAAUCAUUCAGUUGAUGUCAGUACGAGUGCUGAUUUGCUGCCAACUGGCCCCAACAAACAAUUAGAAUUUGUUUUGACCUUAGAGAACACGAAAUCUGUUAUCUCGCCUCGUUCACAGCUGUUUAUUAGCUAUGGCGCGCUAUCGAAUUACAAAUUACUAACUGAAUAUGGGUUUUUUAUACCGCAUAAUCCACAUGAUUACUUCGUCUUUUCACUAACAGACGUCGAGGAAUUUUUGAAACAAGAUAAAACAUAUCGGAGUGUAAUGUUGCACCGCAACAAAUUCGUCUUUAUACGCAAUCACAAUUUGCAUGAUGAAAUGUUUGUGCAUUUGGACGAUGGGGCCUCACAUAACUUGUGUGUUGUGCUACAUCUACUACUACACGAACAAAGUAGCUAUGCGAAUGUACUGAAUCAGGUAGCUUUUGGGGCAGCUGAGAAACUGGCCAAUGUCGAAGAGGAAGUACGAUCGCUUGUUGCGUUUAAAAUAAAGGAGUACAAAAAUUUCAUAGGUGAUUUGGAAAAACUGCACGCGUUAAGUGAAUGCGGAAAAGUGGCAAAAGGUUAUUUAGAAGAGUGUGUACGUUAUUUAGAAGCAUAUUUAGCUAAAAUCACUUAAAAUAGAGCUGGUGUUAUGCCUUGAGUAAUAAGUUGUAUGCCUUAAAGAAUAAGUUCUAUGUUUAGUCGUCAAUAAACCACUUGUCGUUUUUUUUAAA